AAAAAGGGGCUAUGAACAGGGGAGUCAACAGAAAACUGUGAGAAGAUAGGCAAUGGGUGCAGAAGACUGCAAGAGGAUAAACAGUGGGCGCUGAAAACUGUUUUAGUUGAUUAGGUUAUUUUAUUCACCAAUUAUUGAAGUCCCUAUUGUUUGCUGGCUUCGCAAACCACCAUUGAUCUGAUCGUCAAACUGAUCAAUAACAACAACAAAAUCAACAAUGCUUCGAAUAUAUGCACUUCGACUCCCUCUCUCCAAUCUCUCAUUAUUCUCUUCACAUUCCCAAAAACCCAGACUCAACAACAACUAUCGCACAAUGAUGAAUUACACAAAGGCAGCGUCGUCUCAGGCCUUCAAGAACAAGAAGCUCUUGUUUCGCCAGCUUUUCGAGAAGGAUUCCUCUACUUACACCUAUUUGUUGGCUGAUGUUGCUCAUCCUGAAAAACCUGCUCUGUUAAUUGACCCAGUUGAUAAGACAGUAGACAGGGACCUUUCCCUUGUAAAAGAGCUGGGGUUGAAGUUAAUUUAUGCUAUAAACACCCAUGUUCAUGCUGAUCAUGUGACUGGAACUGGCUUGAUUAAGACUAAGGUUCCUUCUGUGAAAUCUAUUAUUUCGAAAGCAAGCAAAUCGAAAGCUGAUCUUCUCAUUGAAGCUGGCGAUAAAAUUCAUUUUGGGGAUCUUUUUCUAGAGGUUCGAGCUACUCCGGGUCAUACACUGGGUUGUGUCACAUAUGUUACUGGAGAUGGGUCAGAUCAGCCUCAACCAAGGAUGGCUUUCACCGGAGAUGCAUUGCUAAUUCGUGGAUGUGGAAGAACUGAUUUUCAGGGUGGAAGUGCACAUCAACUCUACCAGUCAGUACAUUCACAGAUAUUUUCAUUGCCCAAGGAAACCUUGAUAUAUCCUGCUCAUGAUUACCGGGGAUUCACUGUCAGCACUGUUGGGGAGGAAAUGCAAUAUAAUCCCAGACUGACCAAAGAUGAGGAAAUGUUCAAGAGUAUCAUGGAAAAUCUGAAUCUUCCAUAUCCAAAGAUUAUUGACAUAGCUGUUCUUUCAAAUACGGUCUGUGGGCUGCAAGAUCUGUCUGUGAAGCCUGUUGAUGCCUCGUCAACUAGAUAUAAGCAGGUGCAGUUUUCUUAUAAUAUUGUUGGGUGAAGGGGUUAACUUUGUGUAGAUUAUAAAUAAGUUAUUCAUAAAAAAAAAAGUUUAAUGGUAUAACUAUUUGAUUCAAUCAUUUGCAAUAUUUUGGAUGACCAACACUACUCACUUGCAAUUUAUAACUAGUUUUCAAGGACACCGUUCAUGUCUAAUCUGUAUUAUGAAAUAAUCUCCAACAUUAAGUACACAAUGAUACUUGUGUAAAUUAUCUUGAAAUUUAUAUUGUUCAUUACUUACUUGAAUUUGUUCAUUGAUCUCAACAUGUAAAUUAUGAACUCUACAUACAAAAGACUCAGCUUAAUCAAACAUCCUAGCAUGAGGAGACAUGAGAAAAAGAUCUAUAAGUUUUUUAGGCUUAUUAUGAACACUAUAUGACUGAAGGCAUGGAAUAAGACAAACAUUAUUCAAAAAUCCGAGUAAAUAUGGUUUGGAUACAACCUAAUAAAUUAGAAUUAUUUUCAUCUUCCUCAUCACAUGUAUGGGGUGGUAAAGGAUUAGAGAGCUCAACAUGUCGCUUAAAAUCUAUUACAUUCUGAUUGUCAAACAUAUGACAUAAGGUAUUAGGGAGCUCAAGUGGACAAGUAUCUAGAAUAUCUUCUAACAUUAUGUUUACCUCUUCAGACAGUUUCACUAGAGAGUCUCAUAAAAUUUCAUCUGCUACUAAAACGAACUUAAUAUAUUCUGCAUUAACCUUUUUUUUCAGACUCAUUAGGACUUGUUGUGUUAAGUUUCUUUUCUUGUAUAUCCUCUUCAUCUAUGUUACUAAAGUCCUCAAGAUUAAGUUCAUACACUUGCACACAAUAGUUUUUCUUUUCACUUAUCUACAUCCUUAUGUUCUUGGGUGACUAAGGGUUUAGAAGAACAAUUGACAAAGAUAUGAUCGAAACCUUGACAUUUAGCGCACUAAAUCUUUGAACUCGUCUUAGACAUUUCAUUGAUGACUUGUUUGCCUUUAUUUUUUUUUAUAAAUUUAGGCACUACUAUGAUUAGAUCCAUGGGGUGAAGCACUUAACAAAGACCCAUUAAUACAGGGAUCCUGAUGUUUUGUCCAUUGACUUUUUAUAAACAACUCAUAAUCUUGCACUACAGUAUAAGCUUAGCCAAGAUUGAAAACACCUACAAGCACGAUCUUUUUCCUAAAAUCACCAUCCAAACUUGUACAAAACCUAUGUAAAAUCAUGACUUCAUUCUCUUUUAUGGCACGUCUCAUCGAUCAUGGAAUCAUUAACUUGUGCUAUAUACUCAUUGACAAACCUUUUUCUAUUGCCUAAGAUUAUUUCAUUGGUCUAAAAGCUUUUUUUUAUAAAAUUGAUGUAGGUGUUUUUCCUGUAAUUUUUGUUUCAUAUUAUUCCAAUAAGUGAUAAGAGGUUUACCUCUCCUCUAUGGAUAAUCCUCAACAUAUUCUGAAUAAAGUUAAGCUCUUCCAAUGAGCUUUAUCUUGGCAAACCUAACUUUUCUAUCAUCAAACAAGUUGUAACAAUAAAAUUUUUUAUCUAUAUCACUAAUCCACCUAUUAAAAAUUCAAGGCUAAUGACGACCAUCAAAAGUGGGGGCCUCUAUUUUAUUAGGGCUUAUGACUUGUUCAUUAAGGUCAUAGUCUCUAGAGUAACCUAGAUGGUAUUCAUACCGGUGACGCUCAAGGUGAACUUGUUUAUAGUGGUUAUUGCUGUAAUUUUUACUGGUCUUUGAGUACUUUAUUCAAAAACUCUCUAUGGAUUUAAUUUUUUAGACAUGUUGGUCAUCUUGGUUUGCGUAAGCUUUAAUUCCCCUUGAAUGACCCUAAUGGUAUAACUAAUCACUAAUGGUCGGGUCUAUGGUAAAUGUAUACUUAAUGUUAGAUACUAGAUGACCAUUACGCAAAUUUAUGUAAUACUAACUUAAGGAUGAAAUUAAGAUCAUAAAUUGCUUGAUAAUGACAAUAAACUACUUGGAUCGAUGUUGUUGAUGCAGGUAGAACUAACUUUUGAUACUUGCAUUUUUUUUCCCACUUUUCUCUUCAUUUUUUUUCUAUUGUCACUUUUCACUUUUUUUCAACUUUUUUCAAUAAUAAAGAAAAGAAAUUACAACUAAAAAUAAAUAAAUGAAUAAAUAAAAAAAAUGAAUUUUGCUGAGACGCGAGGUAGUGAGGGACUGUGGUGUUGGCCUUCUUUUUGUCACAACUUUCUGGCUUUCAUUUGAAACGCCCAAUUGAUUAAUUUUUGAAGAAUUUGAAUCUCCCUUGAUUUUCCAUCUUCUAGUACUGUCAAUAAUGCAGACUGUAAAAGAAAAAUUACUGUACAAUCACUCGUGUAUAACUUCCUACCUAAAGAUGACUCCACCUCCAUUGUGCUGGGUCUCUUCGAUCAACGGCAAUGAAGAAAGAUUGGUGUUCAUGGCAAGUGCUCACAUCAAACCAUGAAACAGGCGUCAACACAGGUCAUCUUCUGUCAAGUCACAUCCACCACCAAACAAGCAAUCCUGGACUCCCGCCCACAAUACAUUCCACGGGCAAUAAAAACCCGAGUUUCAUAAAUGCAAAUGUUGAAAUCGUCAAAACAAGCCGGUGCAAGCUCUGACUUGUUGAUGCGGGCUGUUAAUGCACUGUUGUGCUGGCCGUGGUGGCUGAAGUGGUGUUGGAUCUUUGAUGUGGGGGCUGAUGGGUGUGGCCUUUGUUGAUCUUGAUGCACUGCAUGUUCUUCUUCUUCUUUUCAGAUUAUGUGCCGAUGAUGUGUCAGUUUGGAAACGCGGUAUAAAUUUUAAAUAUUUUUUAAUUAAUUUUUUUAUGUUUUUAGAUUGUUUUGA